GUCUUCAAUACAGAAGAUGGCGACCUACUCAGGGCAAAGAAUGUAUCCAUUCCAUCUAUCCACCCGCUUUACUGUACAGACAGGGUACACGACUGCUACUGCCCCAACGCCCUGAGCGUGUGUUACAAACGGAUCAACAAAGUCUACAUCAGCAACUGCUGGCUGACGGUGGCCAAGAACGCCCUAGCGACUGCCCAGGUUCGGCUGCAGGUGCGCGUUGUCAACAGGGCGGGGCUGAAGAGCUCCACAUAUGAGGAAGAAGUGGUGACGAACCUGUUGGAACUAAACGGCACCACGACCUACUUGCCACCCUCAAACCUGAGAACCAAACGAUUGUCUUCAACAUCUAUCCGUGUUAUGUGGGACCACGCCCCUGCUUGCCACGAACGCACAGUCAUAAUAAUCAGCUACCAGACGGAUUCAGGGCAGGUCUAUGAGGUCUCCGUGCCCAAAGAUGACACAUCAUAUAACCUCACUGGCCUUGAACCCAACAAAAAAUACAAGGUUAUGGUGUCAGCAGGCUACGGGGCACAACGCAGUAAAGAGACAGUCUUAGCCAUAGCGGCGGACGACACGACUGCUGAAACUCUAGGCGCGGGGGCUGUAGCUGGAAUCAUUAUAAUAAUCCUGAUAGUGCUGGCAGUUGCUGGAGUCGGAUUCUUUUUGUGGAGGACUGGAAGAAUGCAGAAACUGAUCAGAGGACGCCAGAAGAGAUAUGGUGAACCCGAGGCUCCCGCGACAGGAAGGACGACCAAUAACAUUCGCCCUCCAAAGAACACAGCGUGUUACGACAACAUGACGUACACACCUGAAGAUGACAUCUACGUCUACGGCGGCAUGAGCUUCACUGCGAAGCAGCCAGGGUACAUGUCGAAAGAUCAGCUGUCACUACUGGAGGAGAUUCAAACUGGAAGAUUUGCACGAAUUUUCAAGGCUUCUUACAAGACUGGCAAAAAGUCACACGAGGCGGCGGCAAAGGUCCUCAAAGGCACGCCUGACGAGGAUAGUAAUUUACUGAUGAUGGCCAAAAUCAACUUCGCUGCAACAAGGGUCGGGGAACAUUCCAACGUGCUGAAAUUCAUCGGCGCAGUCGUUGAUAAUGAUGCGUUGGGGCCGGUGUUGGUGUUGGAGUACUGUGAAAAUGGUCCGCUGGACAAGUGGCUGACCUCUAGACAGGACAAAGUGAAUCUUGAAGUUCUGGAGCAGAUUCAGACAUUUGUCUUAGGCAUUGCUCGGGGUAUGGAGUAUCUCGUUAGUAAAGAGGUUGUCCAUCGCAAACUGGCUGCUCGCAACUGCCUCUUGACAAGCACAAAUGAAGUGAAGGUCAGUGGAUUCGGACCAAGUCGCAUGGAAGACGCCAGUGCGGAUGAUGCCUCCAAAGGGGAUCGAAUCCCUGUGAAGUGGACGGCGCCAGAAUGUCUUCAAUCUCUGAAGGGAGCCAAUGAGAAGAGUGACAUCUGGUCCUUUGGGGUGACUAUGUGGGAAAUCCUCAGCAUGGGCCAGAUCCCUUACGGUGAAAUGAGGAGCCGAGACCUGCCGACCCAGCUUAAGAAUGGUUACAGACUCUCGAAGCCGGAAUACGCUGAAGACGUCCACUACAGUCUGAUGCAAAGCUGCUGGAAAGAGAAACCAGAGGCCCGGACUACUUUCGCGGAUGCAGUGGGGGAAACUGGAGGCCUCAUUCGGUCUGAGACCCACUUCCGGAAUGAUGUAUUACUACUCGAAAUAGUCGACCUCUUGGGCAGCGUUUUGACUACAGUGUUUCGUUCGCAAACAAUGCUUGUAUCCAUUUGGAGAACAGAAUGAUCUUUUCUAUUUUUC